AUGUUCCUACAAGUCAUACGAAGUAGAAAUAGAACGGCUGGCAUAUAUAGGAAUGCUAGUCGACAUGUGGGGACCAAAAAUACGGAGAUUUUGCUAAGACCUCAGUUGGAUAUCAAUGGAGUCAUAACGAACAAAGAAGAAUAUGAACUGUCUAUCCGAAGAAGAAUGCUUUCAGAAGAAUAUUUGACCGGCCUCAAUUACAUCGUUGAGAACCGACCAAAGCAGCUUGAGUUAUCACAGAAGAUCAGCCUUUUGCGUGGAGAAAGGAACGUAUUGGGAGAGCAAAUGAAGAAAGGAAAAUCUUCUUCGAUUAAAGAUAGGCUCACUUCCAUCAAGGAAGAGUUGAAGCCUCUCGAAGUUGAAGCCAAAACGUUGACUGAAGAAAUAUACAGAAGGGCAGAGAUGCUUCCAAACCUUCUAGAUUCGACCGUGCCAAAAGACACCCUAGUAAACGACAUUGUCGAGUUUAUCCAUUGUGACUCCGAAGAAGAUGCUAUGCGAAAGCUUCCCAAAACCGAAUUUGACCACAAAUUGAUUGGUGAAAAGUUGAACAUCAUGGAUUUUGAAACUGCUCUGAGAGUUUCGGGCUCAUCGUGGUAUUAUUUGAUCGGAGAUGGUGCUCUAUUGGAACAGGCUUUGGUGCAAUAUGGCUUGUCCAAGGCUCGUCGAAGAGGCUACAAGAUGGUAAUACCGCCUUCCAUAGUAAGAUCUGAGAUCGUACAUGCCUGCGGAUUCAAACCUCAAGAUCAGAAUAAUGAGAAGCAGAUCUAUGAAUUGAUAGACGAAAAUAGAUCGUUGACAGGAACUGCUGAGAUUCCAUUGGGUGCCUUACAUUCAUCAACUGUAUUCGAUACAAGUACUAAUUUCCCUAUCAAAUAUGCUGGUGUCUCAAGAUCAUAUAGGGCAGAGGCUGGUGCAAGUGGAAAAGACACCAAGGGGCUCUACAGAGUUCACGAGUUCACAAAAGUUGAGCUUUUCCACUUUACAACUCCAGAAAACUCUUCACAGGAAUUGGAAGAAUUGAGACAAUUACAAACUGAAAUCAUCACCGAGUUGGGACUCAGUGCCAAAGUUUUGAAUAUGGCAACUUCUGAUCUUGGAUCUCCUGCCAUAAAGAAAUACGACAUUGAAGCGUGGAUGCCAGGAAGAGGCAACUGGGGUGAAUUGACAAGUUCUUCCAAUUGUGGAGAUUAUCAGUCUAGAAGAUUGGGAAUUCGUCAGAAUAGAAAAGAUCAGAAGGUAGCCCACGUUCAUACUCUAAAUGGUACAUGUAUGGCAGUGCCUAGAGUCAUAGUCGCAAUCAUUGAACAGAAUUACGAUCCUGAAACCGAGUCCAUCAAGAUACCACACGUCUUACGACCAUACAUGGAUGAUAAGCUGGUUAUAACCAAGAAUUAA